UAGCGGCGCGGCCAGCCAGUGCCAGCAGAGGCGCGGCGGCGGAGCGGCGCUAGGCCGGCAUGUAACGCGAGCGGUGGCAGCGGCGAUGGCGACGGGGUGGCGACGGGCGCGCGAGCGGCGGCAGGCGGAGGGGCCCGGCCCGGCGGUCCCUCGGGAUGCGCGGGCGGCCGGGGCUGCGACGGGCGCCUCCAGCUGAGGACCGGGAGCAGCAGCAGCAGCGCCCUGGACCGGCUGCGCCGUCGGGAGACGGCGGGGGCGCCGCGAUGCUGCCCUGGAAAAGGCACAAGUUCGAGCUGCUGGCCGCGGACGAGGACUGCCAGCAGCAGCAGCGGCGGCGGCGGCGGGAGCGGCAGCAGCCGGCGGGGCCGCCCUGCGUCUGCUCCCCGCCGGCGGGGAAGGCCAAGGACCGCUGCCAGGCGGGCGCCGGGAGCCUGCCCUGCUCCGCGGCCCUGGGCUCGUUGGCGCGCGCCUGCCCGGCCGAGAGUGCGCUCUCCCGAGUGGGCAGCCUGUUCCGCUCCAAGCGCAAGAAGUUCCGCGUGAGCAGCGAGGCUCCCACCUACACGGCGCUCUACCUGGGCAACGCCACCACGCUGCAGGCUAAAGGCGAGGGCUGCACCGACGCGGCGGUGGGCAAGAUCUGGGCCAAGAGCGAGGCCGGCCGGCACGGCACCAAGAUGAAGCUAACCAUCGGGCCGCAGGGCAUCCGCAUGGCGCCCGCGGUCGCGGCCGAGGCAGCCUGUCGCCCCGGCCACCUCUACCUGCUGCACCGCGUCACCUACUGCGUGGCGGACCCGCGCCUGCCGCGCCUCUUCGCCUGGAUCUACCGCCACGAGGUGAAGCACAAGGCGGUGCUGCUCCGCUGCCACGCCGUGCUGGUCUCCAAGGCGGAGAAGGCCCGCGCCAUGGCGCUGCUGCUGUACCAGACUUCGGCGGCGGCGCUGGCCGAGUUCCGCCGCCUGAAGAAGCGCGCCGACGCGCGGCACCAGCAACUCCAGCAGGUGGGCCCUGGGGCCGACGGCGCCAUCCCACUGGUGCCCCUCCGCAAACUGCUGCUGCACGGGCCGGGCGGCUGCUACAAGCCGCCCGUCGAGCGAAGCCGCAGCGCGCCCAAGCUGGGCUCCAUCACCGAGGACUUGCUGGGGGAGGAGCUGGAGGAGCGCGCCGCCGGCCCGGGCUGCGCCAACGGCAGCCGGGACCAGGACUGCGAGGACGACGAGGACGAAGACGAGGACGAGCUGCUGGCCCCGCUGGACGAGGACGACGGGGACGGCGCGGCGCCCGCGGCGCCCAGCCUGGGUCAGCUCAUCUGCGGGCUGGGCGCACUGGCCAUCGGCAACGACGUGGCGCUCCUCCGCGCCGACCUGCGCGUCACCCGCCUCCUCUCGGGCGAGAGCACCGGCAGCGAGUCCUCCAUCGAGAGCAACGGACACGAGGGAGGCGGCGGGGGUGGCUCUUCGCCGCCGCCGCCCUUGCAGCCCUGCCACAGCCCGGAGCCCGACUGCGGCUGACGACCCCGCUCCCUCCCGCUGCUCCGCGGGUCCCCGGGCGGCGCUGGGAAAGUGGGGCGGCCGGCGGAGAACGGCCCAGGAUGUGCGCCGGAUCUCGGCCUGCCGAACCCCGCCCCCAAAGCUGCGGCCAAAAGCCGGUCGUCCCGGUGGGGGAGGGGCGCGUUUGUUUACCGCCGCGGAAUUUGGCGUCGGAAAGGGCGGGGCUCCUCCGCGCUCCUGCUCUGCGGGGUGGGGGAACUUCUCCGGGAGGGAUCAAAACAGUGGGGGCUCUUCCCCAGGAGCCCGCCUUCUCCCCCUCCACCCCCCCUGGGCUCUCGGGAUCUUUUGCUGUGCAAAAAGAAACUGGACCUUUGGAUCUUCACUGGAACCUACCGAGUCGCUGCUCCCUUUCGUCCGGGGCGCCCGGAUUUUGGCUGUCGUGGUUGGUUUUGCACACAAUAAAAGAAAGC